UGCCUUUAGAUUUUUUUGAUUAUCCUUUUUGCUGUUGGUGGGGUGAUUGAGUGAGUUUAGUUGUUCACAAUCCAGAGAAAUGUCAAGUUUCCUAUCCACUACCCGCUGAGCUGUUCUCGAACAGCUACUGAUGUUCGUGGCAAUUUGCUGGCGCCAUUUGGAAACUGAAUACUGAUGGAUCAUCGAGGCUCUAGUUUUUGUGAAAGACAGUGUCUGACAUGGAUGACUCUCGUCGGCGAGCUAAGUUAUACGUCCAAAAUGACGCUGCUUGGGAUGACCAUGGCACUGGCAUUGUGACUGCCUCGUACGCGGAAACCAACCGCGGGAAGGAGAUGGUCCUUGUUCUCCAUUCUGAGGAGGAUGGGUCAGUGAUUCUUGAGUCCACAGUUCAGCCAGAUAUAACAUAUCACGAGCGACAGGACUGUUUACUUCUCUGGUCAGAGGAAGACAAGUACACACUGGCGUUGAGCUUUCAAACGAAAGAAGGUCGCCAAGAUAUUGUGGAAAAGAUCAACGAUGCUCAGCAAAACUCCGUGCAAUACUUGAUUGGUUUGCAAGAUGAUGAAGACGGCGAUGUAUCAUUGCAGUCCAUGCAAGACCUCUCCUCGAUUGAACUGCCACCGUGUGAGCUGAGUAAGCUGGAAGAGAUCUCCGACACACUGACUAACAUCAUCGGACUCCCUUGCUUACAGGAUGGCCGACGGCCGUCUGCUGACAGGCUCGCCCUGAUGCUUGAGGAGUCAAAUUAUGUCGCUCAACUUAUGGAGCUCUUCCAUGUGUGUGAAGACCUGGAGAAUGUCGACGGCCUAUACCACCUCUAUGAUAUCGUGAAGUCCCUUUUCUUGCUUAACCAAGCAAGUAUUGUACAGCUCUUGCUCGGAGAGGAGAUUCUCUUUGACAUUGUCGGCUGUCUGGAGUAUGAUCGGCGGCAAAGUGAGCGGACGAAUCAUCGCACGUUUCUGACUGAUCAUGCUGAGAUGAAGGAAGUUAUUUCAAUCAAAGACCCAGCGAUCAAGUCUAAAAUUCAGAUGAUUUAUCGAGCCCAGUACAUUCAGGAUAUCCUCAUGCCCAUGCCCCUUGUCUUCGAGGAGAAUAUGUUAUCAUCACUGCAUGCAGUGAUCAUUUUUGCCAAGAGCGAUGUCAUCACAGCAUUGCAGAAUGAUGAAGCUUUCCUGACAGAGUUGUUCCAGAGUCUGCAGGAUGACUCAACAAGCAUGGAGCGGGCUACUGAACUGAUGCUGUUCUUGAAAGAGUAUGAUCAGUUCACGGAUCCUAUGACUGCUGAAGAUCGACUAGCUGUCUAUCGGACUUUGAUCCCAUAUGGUUUCUUCAACGUUCUCUCCAUAUUUCUGGCUCUGGAUGAUGGUGGAGAAGCGCAGAAAGCGGCAGUGUCCAUACUGCGCCAUGUGAGCGAGUUCAGUCCGGCGCUGGUGCGAGAGGCGUGCCUUGACGCGGCAUCACCGUCCAACGAGGAUGAGGAUCAGCUGCUCUUGAACGUGAUCAUCGAUCGAAUGGUUGAAGACUGUGAUGGUGAUAUCAGCGGAUGUCUUUCAAUAGUUCUGAAAGUUGUCCUUGGUCUACCACCAUCUAUGCAACAAAAUCGAGAGGACCAGUUGGAACUCAGUCUGCCGCUGAAGGAGCCCAAUCCUGCCAUGGUGGCAGCGUAUAAUGAGUUUCUGGCCAUGUUCUAUCGGCAAUCAAUGCAUCAUCUUAUGGCCCCCCUUCUCGCCAGUACCAGUGGCAAACGCAUGAGCAGAGAUGACAGUCGGGCAGCAGGCCUGCUGCGGCUAAUCAUGGACGUGCUGUGUGUGUGUGUGACGGCACACACCUACCACAUACGCAACCACAUCAUCUCCAGGGACCUGCUGCGACGUGUGCUUGUGCUCACACAGUCCGUGCACAAGCAUCUUGCGCUAAGUGCUGUCCGCUUUGUACGGCAAGUUCUUGGCCAGAAGGACGAUGCAUUGAACAAUUACAUCAUCCGUAAUGAUCACUUACGGCCCAUCGUGGAGUUGUUGGAAAAGAACCGUAACUACAACCUCACCAACUCUGCGUGUGUGGAGCUGUUCGAGUUUGUGUGCGCGGAGGUCAUGAAAGAGAUGAAAGAAAUGGCACUGUACAUAGCAGAAAACUAUAAGUCAACACUCGAGAAAAUCACUUAUGUAAGCACGUUUCAUCGACUCCUGCUGCGCACUGAGCAAGAGAAAGAUCGCCAGGCAUUGAUGCAAGACACUGCAGGCAACAGCACAAACGACAUCAGCAGCAUGACGAAUCAGAGUCGGUAUGGCCGUGAUGGCAGUAUGGACGACGCAGAGGAGAUGUGGUUCAAUGAUGAUGAAGACACACUCUUCGAUGACGACACGAGUAAUGGAGAGCGGCACACCUCACCUGCCACUCACCAUGCCACCUCACCAAUUUCCUCGCCAGUGGACAAUGCCGUAGAUGGCCGGACGGCUGACGGUCCCACAUCACCACCCACGAACAGCUCUAAUUCGAACAGCUCUAAUUCAUCCUCUCCGCCGCUGCUGAAGUCGCUUCGUAAAAACGAUGAUGAUGAGGACGACGUUGCCGACGUGUUCAAGAAUCCAAUUCCUAGAACUAGUCGAAAGCGUUCAUUCGCCCUGGUUGAUUACGACGAGGAGGAGGAUGAGGACGACGACGACGACGACGGAGAGAAGUCGGACGUUAACAACUCAACCAGCAAUUCAUCGUCGCCUUCGCUUGAGAGCCCAGCGAAGCGGCGUAAAGUCGACACGACAGCUUGAUAUUAUUUAGCGUUCAUUCGCCCUGGUUGAUUACGACGAGGAGGAGGAUGAGGACGACGACGACGACGACGGAGAGAAGUCGGACGUUAACAACUCAACCAGCAAUUCAUCGUCGCCUUCGCUUGAGAGCCCAGCGAAGCGGCGUAAAGUCGACACGACAGCUUGAUAUUAUUUAGGUAGCACAUGAGGUGUGCGUGUGCGCCAUCUUUGUUUUAACUAUUACCUAUACUGUUACUCAUGAUUUCCCCAAAAUGGAAAUAGGAAACGUCAAGAAAUCCAUACUUAGUACCUUGAAGUUCGAGUUUGACCUCGUUAACGAUUUGGGGACAUUUUGAAAUAUGUGUAGCCCAAGUUGCAGCCCCUGUUCUUUUUUUUGCAUGCGCACACACAUACGCACGCGCACACGCACACAUACUUGGCAGAGCUGCAGAUAAUGUGUGCCUCCAUGCUACUUUUACGUUGUCCUCGUCUAUCUAUUUCAAACCAAAAGUCUCUCAGCACAUCCAGUUUCAGAACAGCUAUCGCAACCACACCUGUACAAAAAAGGGCGUUGCUGUCCACCCAUCCGCUGUACAUAUUUUAAUGAUUACCUCGUUCUUCCCUUCAGCAUUUUUCCCGUUGUGGUUGUCAGUAUUAAACUUAGAAUCAAAGUUUAGGUCUUUCUGUGUGUGUGUGUGUGCGCGUUUGUUUUGUGCUGGCUAGGUGUGCAUGUGCGCGUAUUGAUUCGGCACCUUCGGCUUCUUUUUCUUACUUGCAGUAGAUCAACCAGUUCACACUCUCGUUCUGGUGGUGUUCUAUCUUGAA